CCUCUUGCCCCGCCCCUCCCUUCGGAGAGCGGCUCCGGAAAUGGUCGUGCUGGGCUCCGCUGCGGCUGCGUCGGGCCCCGCUCCCCGGACUGAAGGAGACUGAAGUUUAGGAGCUGAGGCUGAGAGUGUGACUUCCCCAAGGCCAUUUGGAUUUACAAGCGAACAACGAAGGAGCAAAAUAAGCAGGGUGCCUGUCCAGACAUCGCAAGAACCCAAGGUAGCAAGGGGAUCCUUAUGCAGCACCACGUGAAAUGAACAAAACUCCACAGCCCUCAGGAGGAACCCCAUCAGCCCCACACCCCUCCCCCUCUCCUGGACUUCCACAGCAGUCAGCAUUUCCUCCUGGCCAGGCGGCACCUGUGGUUUUUAACCCAGCUCAAGCUACCCAAAUGAAUACGCCUUCCCAGCCUCGACAGUUUCCAGCAGGGCCUCGUGCUUUACAUCAGCAGGGAGGAUUCAGGUCUCUUCAGCAUUUCUACCAGAACAGGGCCCAGCCUCCGACAAGUGCUUCCCGGGUGCAGAGUAAUACGUCGGCUCGGCCUGGCCCACCCACUCAUGUUUAUCCAGCUGCUUCCCAGGUGAUGAUGAUCCCCUCACAGAUCUCCUACCCUGCUUCGCAAGGCUACUACAUCCCUGGACAGCAGGGCCGCUCCACAUACGUUGUUCCGACUCAGCAGUAUCCUGUUCAGCCAGGUGCCCCCAGCUUUUACCCUGGAGCCAGCCCCACAGAAUUUGGCACCUAUGCUGGUGCAUAUUACCCUGCCCAGAGUGUGCAGCAGUUCCCUCCUGCCCAGGUCAUCAUGAAUCAGCAGCCACCGAUCCCGCCAAAGCGAGAACGCAAGACGAUCCGAAUACGAGAUCCAAAUCAAGGCGGCAAGGAUAUCACAGAGGAAAUAAUGUCUGGCGCUAGAACUUCCUCUACCCCCACUCCUCCACAGGCUGGAAGUGGUCCAGAACCACAAGCCAACGGAGAGACAUCACAUGUAGCAGUUAUUGUCCGGCCAGACGAUCGUCCCAAGGCUGGCCCAGUAGUAACUAAACCUGUUUCCUCGGAGGCGAGCAAAUCAGCUUCCCCGUCUCCCCCUCCGCCCCUCAUAGCAGAGGCCGAGUCUGCGCUGCCAGCCGCCGUGGCGCUGGUGCGCACAGAGAGCCCCAUUGCAGUGGACACUACAGAGGAGCCGCCCGAGGUCCCCGCCGAUAUAUUUGAACCCGUUAGCGCCACCACUACAGUGCCAGGGGGCCCCGUGCUCCCCCAGGAAGCCCCCGUCUUGGACACAGAGUCUCAGGAGGAGGCUGCUGCUAGCCCGAUUUUGGAGCCUCCCCCCCAGCCGGUUCCUGCAGAAAUGCCGGUGGCCGAAGAGACGGUGCCGGCUGAGACAGUGACUGUCCAGCAGGAGACCCCUCAGCCAGAGGAACCACUUCCUGCGGCUCCGCCAGGGGCUCCCCCGACCCCGCCACCUUCCCUGGAGGAGGUAUCUGAGGGGGCCGUGGAGUCUAACGGGGUGCUGGAGGAGGAGACGCUGGAGCCCGUGCCCGAGGCUGCCACGUGCCAGCCAGAUUCCGCCGUAGAGUCCCCCAUCGCUCAGCCGGAGGAGCUAGCAGCGAUGUCCCAUGGGCUGGAUGCCCCAGAGAAGCAGGCAGCCGAAGAGUCCGAGGAUCAGCCCGAGUCGGACAUGAGCCCCAUCUCCGAGCCCGAGGAGGUGAAAGCCGAGGAGCCCCUGGCCCCACUGGCCACACCUCCUGCCGAAGAGGAGGAGGAGGAGGAGCCGGAGGAGGAGGAGGAAGAAGAAGAGGAAUGCGAGGAGCUGGCCGAGACCACAGAGCAGAGCACCCAGCCAGCAGCUGCGCCCUUGGAGGCCGCAGAGGUGGCCACACAAGUGGCCGUAUCGGUGCCAAAGAAGAAGCGGAAGAUGAAGGACCUAAACAAAAAGGAAGCUGUUGGAGACCUGCUGGAUGCAUUCACGGAGCCCAGUGAGGGUGGCUCAGAGAUAGAGAACAAGCCCCCCAUGCCAGCCCCAGAGCCCGAGGAGCCUGCCCCCGUUCGCUCCCAGGACGAGCCCGAGGAGACAUGGGAAGAGAAAGAGGAUAAGCUAGACCCUGAGAAGGUCAAGCAGGCUGAACAGAAGUACAGCUACACAGCAGAGCAUUGGAAGCCAUUGAACCCAGAAGAGAAGAAGAGAUACGACCGGGAGUUCCUGUUGGGUUUCCAGUUCAUCUUUGCCAGCAUGCAGAAGCCCGAGGGUUUGCCCCAUAUCAGCGAUGUGGUCUUGGAAAAGGCAAAUAAGAUGCCCUUGCGACCUCUGGACCCUGUGCGCCUGAGCACCAUGAAUUGCGGACCAGAUUUCACACCCUCCUUUGCCAACCUGGGCCGCCCAACGCCACCUAACCGUGGACCGCCUGCAGGGCCAGGGCAACGCCGUUCCCAGCAAAGCCUGAGGAAGGAGCCUCGGAAGAUUAUCGCUGUAGCGUCCCUGAACGAAGACGUCAAGCUCAACAAGGCUGAGAAGGCCUGGAAGCCCAGCAGCAAGCGGGCAAGUGAGCCAGAGGAUCCUGAAAAUUUAAAAACUCAGGAGCUGUUCCGGCGUGUGCGCAGCAUUCUGAACAAGCUGACGCCGCAGAUGUUCCAGCAGCUGAUGAAGCAAGUCACCGAGCUGUCCAUCGACACCGAGGAGCGCCUCAAGGGCGUCAUCGACCUCAUCUUCGAGAAGGCCAUCUCUGAGCCAAACUUCUCCGUUGCCUAUGCCAACAUGUGCCGUUGCCUUAUGGGGCUGAAAGUCCCCACUACUGACAAGCCGACCGUGAUGGUCAACUUCCGCAAGGUACUCCUGAACCGGUGCCAGAAAGAGUUUGAGAAAGACAAGGAUGACGACGAGAUUUUUGAGAAGAAGCAAAAAGAGAUGGAUGACACAGCUGGUCCCGAGGAGAGAGCUCGUCUGAAGGAGGAGCUGGAUGACGCCCGGGACAAGGCCCGUCGGCGCUCCCUGGGCAACAUCAAGUUCAUUGGGGAGCUCUUCAAGCUGAAGAUGUUGACCGAAGCCAUCAUGCAUGACUGUGUGGUGAAGCUGCUCAAGAACCAUGACGAGGAAUCGCUCGAGUGCUUAUGCCGGCUGCUCACCACCAUUGGCAAGGACCUGGACUUUGAAAAGGCCAAGCCUCGGAUGGAUCAGUACUUCAACCAGAUGGAGAAGAUAAUCAAGGAGAAGAAAACGUCCUCACGUAUCCGCUUCAUGCUGCAGGAUGUGAUUGACCUCAGACGGAACAGUUGGGUGCCAAGGAGAGGGGACCAGGGCCCCAAGACCAUUGACCAGAUCCACAAAGAAGCUGAGAUGGAGGAGCACCGUGAACACAUCAAAGUUCAGCAGCUGAUGUCCAAGGGGGGGCAGGAUAAGAGGAGAGGGCCUCCAGGGCCAUCGUCCUCAGGUGGGCGGGGCAACCAAGUUUCAGAUGACGGCUGGAACACCGUCCCCAUCAGCAAGGGCAACAGGCCGAUUGACACCAGCAGGUUAACAAAAAUCACCAAGCCAGGUUCAAUUGACUCCAACAACCAGCUUUUUGCACCCGGCGGGCGUCUGAGCUGGGGGAAGGGCAGCAGUGGUGGUUCGGGUGCUAAACCUGCUGAACCAGCGCCUGACUCCAACCGGCCAGCCACAAGUACCUUGAAUCGCUUCUCAGCCUUACAGCAGUCGGCUUCUGCAGAGAGCCAGGACGUGCGGCGUGUGGUGCAAAGAAGCAGCAGUAGCCGCGACCGCUCCGAAAAGGGCGGUGACCGAGGGGACCGCUUGGAGCGCGAGCGGCCGGAGAGGGGCGAUCGCCUUGAGCGGUCGGAGAGGCCGGAGCGGUCAGACCGGAACAGGACACCUGUCACCAAGCGUAGCUUCAGCAAGGAGAUGGAUGACAGGAGCCGGGAGCGAGAGCGAGAGCGGCAAGGGGUCCUCGAGACGGUGCGCAAAGUGGCCAGCAUGACCGAGGAGCGGGACCGAAGCAGGGAACCUGCAAAGCGUGAGCCAGUGGCCCCUGAGCCCCCCGCCAGGCCUGCCUUGUCCGAGGAGGAGCUGGAGAAGAAAGCCAAGGCCAUCAUUGAGGAAUACCUGCACAUCAACGACAUGAAGGAGGCUCAGCAGUGUGUCCAGGAACUGAACUGCCCCUCCCAGCUCUACAUCUUUGUGCGGAACGGAAUCGAGUCCACGCUGGAGCGGAGCACGAUUGCCCGCGAGCACAUGGGGAUGCUGCUCUACCACUUGGUCAAAGGAGGCAUCCUCUCCAAGGAACAGUACUACAAAGGGCUGCAUGAGAUCCUGGAGAUUGGUGAAGACAUGGAGAUUGAUAUCCCGCACAUAUGGCUGUACUUGGCGGAGAUCAUAACUCCCAUUCUGAGAGAAGGCGGCAUCCCCAUGGAGGAGCUGUUCAGGGAGAUUGCCAAGCCUUUGGUACCUAUCGGCAAGGCCACGACUCUGCUGCUGGAGAUCCUGGGCCUGCUUUGCAAAGGGAUGAGCCACAAGAAGGCAGGGACACUGUGGAGAGAAGGUGGCCUUAGCUGGAAGGAAUUCCUGCCCGAGGACCAGGAUGUCAAUAAGUUCAUCACAGAGCAGAAAGUGGAGUACACAAUGGGUGACAACUCCGACGCACCCAGCCGCAAGGAGCUCACGUCGGAAGAGCUGUGCAAGCAGCUAGACAAAUUAUUGAAAGAAAAUGCAAAUAACCAAAGAAUAUAUGACUGGAUUGAGGCAAACCUGAGUGAGCAGCAAGUCUCAUCCAAUAUGUUCGUCAGAGCCCUGAUGACGUCGGCGUGCCAUUCCGCUGUUGUCUUCGAGAACCCUUACCGGAUGGACAGUCCCGUGAUCAAGAGCCGAGCCAAGCUGCUGCAGAAAUACCUGAGCGAUGAGAAUAAGGAGCUGCAGGCCCUUUAUGCUUUACAGGCCCUUGUGGUAAAGCUGGACCAGCCAGCAAAUCUGCUCCGAAUGUUCUUCGAUGCCUUGUACGAUGAGGACGUGAUUAAAGAGGAAGCCUUCUACAAGUGGGAGUCGAGCAAAGACCCGGCCGAACAGCAAGGGAAGGGAGUCGCGCUCAAGUCCGUUACAGCCUUCUACACUUGGCUGCGCGAAGCGGAGGACGAGUCUGACAACAACUGAGCACCCACGUUGUGGGAGGUGGGGGGGGGAGGGCGGACGGACGUAGCCUGCCUGCCUGCCUGCUCUGACCCCUCCUCAGAGCCUUGGACUCCCGUGGGGGUGGCAGCGUGGGGGGUUAAGGAUACACAGGAACUGGGUGCCGCUCUCCGUACCUUCCUCCCACACAGGACUUCUCUCUCCCCCCCCUUAUUAUUAUUAUUUUUUGGUUGGGAUUUUUUUUUUUGUUCUUUUGUUUCUGUUUUAACAGCCUGUAUUGGUUUGUGUCUGACGAUAAUAAAUUGAUGCUGAAGGAGG